UUGACGUCACUUCAUGGAUACCGUUCAACAAGAGCUGAAACCAGGGACCCUUGGAGCUGGUAACAGCACUUACCGACCCACCCACAACUUGUUGAUUCCGUAUUAAAUCCCGUAAUGGCAGGAAUUAUAUUUUGUGAUGCAACAGAGUUCUACAACAUACUGAAUCAAAACACAAAGUAUUCCAGGCUGACAGAUCCGAUUUAUCUGUAUUUAGUCGAUGUACGGACCAAAUAUCAAUAUGAUGAAAGUCAUGUGAUAACAGCCAAGAGAGCAAAAAGGGACAUGGAAGGAAAUUAUUUGAUGCCAGAGGAUGUGGAACUUGAGUGUGUAAGGUAUUGUGUAGUUUAUGAUGGGCACACAAACUCAUCGAAUACAGAAGGUCCUGCAAUCCAAUAUGCAAAACUCAUAGAAGUUGUUAGCCGGCAGCCAAUCAGAGUCCUGAAUGGUGGAUAUGAAUAUUUUUCUGCUUGUUAUCCGUUCUUUAGGACACAGAAAAUAUUUUACAUGCCACGGGAGUUGGAUGCCUUUGAGCCGUAUCCAGUUGAGAUUUUGCCAGCCAAACUUUACAUGAGUGACUACAAACAAUCCUGUAAUGCACAAAUUCGGAAAGAUUUGAAGAUAAAGGCAUAUGUCAACCUCUGUCAUGAUAAAGAGAUAUUCUUUGCAGAAGAUCAAAAUAUUACAGUUUUACACAUUUCUUCUUCCGAUACCACUGAUUUCUUCAUUCACUUUCCACUGAUUUGUAACUUUCUUGAUGAACACUUGGAUAAAGGUGCUGUAUGCGUAGUCUCCACUCUGGGUAUAAGCCGCUGUUGCACUACAGUGAUGGCCUACCUCAUUCAUUCUCAGAAACUUCCACUAAAGGUCAUCUGGGCGCAUGUACAUAAGUGCAAAGAAACCAUUCGCCCGCGUCGCGAUUUUGUACUUCAGCUUUCUAAGUGGGAGGAACUUGUCUUAAAGCAAAAGAUCACAGAUGUCUCUGACCCUUAUUACUGAACUGCUAUGUAAUAACUGUCAAUGCAAUAAUUCUCCACCGUCAAAACAAGAUUUGGAAAUGUUUCUGCUUUUUUAAGAGAUUAAAUGAUUUGAUAGCUGGAAAGAUACCUAUUUAUUUAAAUUAUCUUCAUUAUUUCUAAUUAUAAUGACAUUUAUAUAAAUAAAUCAAUGCAUCUUGAAUUAUAAUUUACAUAUUUAAUGUUAUGGUUUAAAUAGUGCUUAACUGUUAUAUUUCAAAGGUACAUUCAAUGUCA